AAUGAACCCCCUGUAGCCGCAUGAGGAUCAUCGCCGCAAGGCUCCUUUAAGGAACAAAUUCCAAGUAUCUUCCAACCGACUCUCAGCCCCCCUCUAGCAGAAGCAUGAGCUAUUGGGUGGUUCGUUUCUCGCUUUGAUAAUUAUCCCUGUUGUCAGGGUUCAGUCUGUUACAGGCCCUCCUCUGCUGGCUAUCCGUAAUGGCUAUCAACCCUGGGUUUUUCAAUCAUCGCUCAAGGCUGUAAUGCGUGAUGGUUGGUGCUACGAUGCCAUCUAGUCGCUCAUUGGCGCCUGCUGGAGUUGACCUCAGCGAAGACAAGCGACCUCUGAUAGUUGCCGUUUCUGUCAUGACAUGGAUUCUGGCUUUUACGACUUUGAUGUUGAGAAUCGCUGGUCGGAAAAUUAAGGGUUUGAAUCUCUGGUUGGACGACUGGUUCAUUAUUGUUGCUUUGGUAGCUGCUCUUGCUCAUGUUAGUGGGAUGGCAGGAUAUGCUACGAGCCGUGGGGUAGGCCAACAUGUCUGGGCGGGGAAGCCUGACGCAACGUACGCAUGGGCCCUAGGGCUGUUUAUCGCUGAGAUUUGUUACACUAUCACUAUGUGGACAACCAAACUCUCCAUUCUGGCUUUCUAUUGGAGAUCUUUCGGUAUCUGGAGUUCGAUGAGAUGGCCCAUUUGGUUGCUCUCGGGUAUUGUGAGCGCCUGGGCCAUUGCAGUGUUACUCGUGACGACCCUUCAGUGCUCACCAACUCGAGCCAUAUGGGCCCAAUACGAUCCGAUCAACCCUUUAUCGCCUUCUGACUAUCACUGCGAUGUCGACCAGAUACAAUUCUUUUAUGGGAAUGCUGUCCCUACCAUCAUUACCGACGUUUUAUUAAUGAUUCUUCCCCUACCAUACGUUUGGAGGCUCCAUUUGCCAGCGGGUGGGAAACUGGCUCUGUCAGGCGUUUUUCUUGUUGGAAUAUGUGUUACCAUCGUAUCUGUCGUUCGACUAGUCCUCCUCCAACCAAAAAAUCUUGUUUAUCCGGAUAUUACUUGGAAUUUCGUGCCAGCUGGGAUUUUGAGUAUCGUCGAAGGGAAUAUUGCCAUCGUCUGUGCCUGCCUCCCCUUUUGCAGACCGGUUUUGAGCAAAAUCUCCGUCGGAUUCAUCGACUUAACACCACUAUCACGCAGCAAUCCGAAACAUGACAAAGACAUUAGCCAGGAAGGCACAGGUCGGGUUUUGGACACGUGGGGAUUGGAAAGCUAUGGCACGUCUCGUACUAACGCAAGAGGUACAAAGCAGAGCAUAGAAACCGAUGAACGCCCAUUCGCGCGUCUUCCAGAUGAUGGAUCAGAUCACGGCAUAGGGGUGGGGAUCAAGCCAAGCUUCAUUAAGCUCCAAGAUAUGAGCACUAAUUGA